GCAUUCAGAAUGGUCCAGCGUUUGACCUACCGUCGUAGGCUGUCCUACAAUACAGCCUCUAAUAAAACUAGGCUGUCCCGAACCCCAGGUAAUAGAAUCGUUUACCUUUAUACCAAGAAGGUUGGGAAAGCACCGAAAUCUGCAUGUGGCGUGUGCCCAGGCCGACUUCGAGGAGUUCGUGCUGUGAGGCCUAAAGUGCUUAUGAGGUUGUCUAAAACGAAAAAACAUGUCAGCAGGGCCUACGGUGGUUCCAUGUGUGCCAAGUGUGUUCGUGACAGGAUCAAGCGUGCUUUCCUUAUCGAGGAGCAGAAAAUCGUUGUGAAAGUGUUGAAGGCACAAGCACAGAGUCAGAAAGCUAAAUAAAAAUCAAAAGGCUUGAUCUGUUAUUGCUGUUGUAAUUUGUUAGUAUACCCAUUUCUAUGGUGUUUGGGGAUUUCAUUAUUUUUAGGUGAUUGCUUUUUCUGAAACAGAGGAAAUGGAGGUUAGUGAUAGGUAGAAUUUUUUGAUGGCAGCUCUGGAAGACUUGGACGGUUUGAGAAAAGUGGCCCUUAAAAAAAUCUGGAUGUUUCUUUUAAUUCCUCUGAAUAAUUUCCAUAGAGUUUCCUUCAGCACCAAUGUUGACAGGACAGAAUAACGGUGUUCAAUAAGUUCUUUGGAAUGGAAUCUUACACCAUCUUAUUUAAACCUUACAUUUCUUUAGGUCAGUUCAAAAUGGUCUAUAUUGGAGAGCUUGGAACUUCAUAUUCAGCAAAUAAUGAGCUCUUAAAUACAAAACUUGUCAUAGAUCUAAUGAAAUUCAAACUGGUUGAUGUUGAAUUUAUAAUCAUUUCAGAAAUUAAAGUAACAGACCUUGGUUAUAUUUA